UCAUGAAGGGAUGGUUCAUCCAAGGAAAUACUGGUUCAAUACCUAGUAUUUUGGGGGAAUAAAUUUCCUUAAAAUAAUAGGUAUAUAUACAUAAAAAGAUAUAGUUUAUAUUCAUUUAAAAGCAGAAAAGGAAAUGGAGAUUAGGAAGAUAAUAAUUGUUUAUUAUUAACAGCAAGUUGGUCAUCUUCACUUACAGCCAUUUCAGAUAUAUUAAUACUCAAUAAACAUUAAAUUUACAUUAAUGUGACAUGAGCACAAUAUCAUCAGAGGAAAAAAGAUGUAUAUUUAGAUGUUAUGUGUGUGCUUAUGAAUUCAUUUUAGCAGACUGAAUGUUAUGUGUGUGUGCACAUAUGUAUAUAUAUAUAUGAAACAAUGUUUCUUUAUGUUAUAUAUUUUUUUAAAGAAUGUAUCAGCUCUAACUGAACCUUCAUGAUGUAUUCCCUUCUGUCAUAUCUACGUCUCAUUUACCAGGCUGUGCUUUAUACUUUUUCUCACACAUUGCUUUCCUCUGGAGCUUCAUCUCAGUUUCCAUGAAACUUCAAGCAUUCAAACAGAUCGUUGACUCUAUUAAUCUUACCCUGUUAUUCUUACUCGGGGAGAGCUUAAAAAGGAUAUAGACAGUCUUUCUUUCAACUCAGGGACUACACCACAGCAAUUUAAAGAUAAAUCUGAGAAUGUAUAAUAUGCUGCCCGUUAAAACAGUAUGGCAACUAAGAGAUGGUCAAGGAAGAUAAAUCAACCUGGAAAGCCAACUAUUUCAUCAAGAUCAUUCAAUUGCUUAAUGAAUAUCCCAAAUGCUUCAUCGUCAAGGCAGACAAUGUUGGCUCCAGGCAGAUGCAGACCUUCAGAAUGUCACUCAGGGGCCAUGCAGUUGUCCUCAUGGGUAAAAAUACAAUGAUGAGGAAGGCCAUAAGAGGUCAUUUGGAGCACAAUGCAGCCCUUGAAAGGUUACUGUCACACAUUAAGAACAAUGUUGGUUUUGUGUUCACUUUGGCUGAUAUCAGGGAUAGAUUGACGAAUAACAAGGUAAAAACUCCUGCUCUUGUUGGUGCUGUUAGUCCUUGUGAUGUGUUGAUACCUGCUUAAAAUACAGCUCUUGGUCCUGAAAAGACUUCUUUCUUCUAAGCUUUGUCUAUCCCAACAAAAAUUUCCAGUGGUCCUAUUGAAAUCUUGAAUGAUGUCCGUAACAUAGUUUGAUUAUUCAAUAUAGCAAGGGGAGAUCAUUGAGUUGUCUCCCUUUUUUCUUUUUUUUUCUUUUAAUAUUUGGCACUGUAGACAACAGAAGUUUUUCUAGUACUCUUCCUGAAUCUUUCCAAUGUAGAAGAAGAGUAACAAAUAUCGAAUUAAAUAAAUACAAUGAACAGUAAACAAAUUGUUUUCACAUAUGACAUACAUUCAAUGUUUCUAAAGUUAAAGAAAAUACCCAGAAAAUAUUCAAAAAAAACAUUUAGUGAUUGAAAGUGGGUGGAAAUGUUGUGCAAUAGUGAAGUGAAAGCUGAAUUUCAGCAGCUAAAAAGACUGACUUUAAUCUGAUAGAUGAUCGGAAACAUUGAAUACAAAUGAGAUGAUAAAUUUAGAAACUAGGAUCUCACAGGUUAACACAAAAUAGAAAUCACUUACCUCAACAUCAUCAUAAUCAUUUAACAUCCAUUUUCCAUUUUGGCUUGGGUUAAAAUCAAUAACUAGACUGAUGCAAUUUCAUAUAGCUAAAAUGAUUAUUCAUUAAUUUUUUUACAUUUAUAAUUUAACAUUAACUUAUAUUAUUUCUUUCAGUUGUUCAAACUUGUCAUCAAGUAUUUCAAUUGAAUUUCCAAAUACUUUGUUUCGUAUUUCAUUCUUCAUAUCAUUUUCAAUGUUUUA